UAGUGGCCGAAUCGGUCGGACGCUCCGUGGUGCGAUGCGUGCCUUCUCCGCGUAUUGUGAGUGAAUUUCUCUCUCCCGAUAUAUUGUUACGAACAGGAAGACGUCCCGAAAGAACGAAACGAUCAGCCAGCCGCUUGUCGCACAGAUUCUAUAACAUUACUAAAUCAAACUGGAAGAAGCCGUUACAGAAGUAUUCAAUUAAGUUCUUUAAAAGAAGAGUCUUUCAAGAAUUAGAAUUAUUGCAGACAGACUUAAAUUAAGUUUUCAGAUGACUUCCAAACGAGAUAACUGUGGCCUUAGUUCCUUGAUUCCCCUGUCAUGUCGAGACCGUGCCGAAGCCUUCGCCAAAAGCCUACAAACGAGACUUAGUACCUUGGGAUCCCAGAACGACUCGGCAGAUGAAAGAAGCUGGCUCGGUAACCACGAAAAACCGUUAGCCCUGUCACAACCUUUGCACAAUCCAGAAACAGACCGAUACCUUGAACUAGAAGCACUCGAGUCACCUUGCAGUCCACAGGAAGAAUUAGAAGAAAGCGAAUUUCAUAAAUUAUUAAACAAUGAUAGUUUCAAGACAGGGUUGAACGGUGAUUGUCACUGUAAGAAAAACGGCGUGAUUAAGCACCAUUCUGUUGACAGCGACAGCGAAGUUUUUUACGAUUUAGACGAUGAUCCGCCCACUCAGCCAUAUACUAACGGAAUUGUCCAGUCAGAAUCAAGUAAAAGUUUAGAGAGUGAAACUGGUAUAGAUGUGAACUCAGCUGCGACGUCCAGUAGUAAUCCUAGCGACACGUUUGCCACUUCCUUAGAUUGUACUCCACAGCCUUCCGUUAGCGAUGACCUUUCAACAUUAAGCCUCAAGGAUGAUUGUUCCCAGGUCGAAGAUCACACAAGUAAGGAAAAUGGUUGCGAGCAAUGUAAUAAAAAUAGGGAGGAUAUGGGCAAUGAAGAAAAGAAGACUGAAUUUUUAGAAGUAAAUGGUCAUAAUGAUGAGAACUUCUCGAAUGGACACGUGGAAUGUUUCGUCAGUAAUCUUACUGUUAUAAAUGAAUUAGUAGUGGAAUGUCGAAUAAAUUCAGAAGAUGAUGCUACUCACGAGCCUCAGAUAACGGAAGUUAUUGUAAGUAAAAGCGAGGCUAAUGGUAAUGAGGAUGAUGAUGAUGAUGAUAACGAUGUUAUACCUCGAGUUCGUAGAUGUUCGUCAUUAAAAACAGGCAAAACCCCACCUGGUACACCAGGUAGAAAGAAAAUAGUUCGGUUUGCAGACGUGUUGGGCCUGGACCUAGCUGAUGUCAGGACAUUUCUAGACGAAAUCCCGAAAGUUCCUAAAUCGGCCUACGACGAUUUGAGCGAUGUGGAUAUCUCGGAUUCUUCAGAUAUCCAAAACGUGAAUUGCCUGAACAAAUUCGUCGGUGUCUCAUCCGAAAAAAUCCUAGUUCCAUUAUUCGAACAGCCUUCCGGAUUGCCUAACUUCCUGGAUUUGGUCAGGGAGAAUCAAGUGUGCUUGGAAAAUGCCUUAGUAGAUGAUCCCGUUCUAUUUUUGAUAAGGGGAACGGUUAGAGUUAGGAAUUUGGAUUUCAAUAAAUCGGUACAUAUCCGUUACACGUUGGAUUCGUGGAAGACAUUUGCGGACGUGCAAGCUAGCUAUGUUCAAAACUCGUGUGAUGGUUUUUCUGAUCGGUUUUCGUUCGUGAUCUACGCGCACACGUUGACGGUCGGGCAGAAGUUGGAGUUUGCCUGUCGGUUUCAGUGCAAGGGUUGUCAGUAUUGGGAUAGCAACAAAGGACUGAACUAUUGCUUCCAGUGUUUGCCAGCAGCUACCAGUUCGACGACACCAGUGCCGCAUCUGAACGAUUGGGGUGCCAGCUUUUAUUAGAGCUUUAAGACGCAGUGGAACGCAACCCCAACAAAACAAGAUGCAGCGGAAAACCUGUUUCUGGCUUCGUAGAGAAGAGAAUCAAGCUGUCAAAUAGAGAAAAGUAGCCAAAAUCGAAGACUGUAUCCGCAAUUUUGUGAGGCAAUAAUAUGGCGCCACUAUUAUACAGGCGCGUUUCAAAAUAUUUUACGAAAUUCAAAAUAACAAUAGAACAGAAAAAAACUAAUAGUUGUAUUAGAAAGAGCCACAAUAACGACAAAUUAUUUAAAUCUCGUUGUUGUUUGUCUUGUUUGUGUUGUUAUCAUAUUUAUUUUUAUACUUACCAGAGUCAAUAAUAUUAAUAUCCAACAUAUAUUUUACAAGAUAGUAUUUUUACAUUCACGACGGAUUUGUAAAUAUAAUACAACAUUAAUUUAAAUUUCUUAAUAUAAAUUUUAUA